AUGGAGAGAAACCCCACAAAUGUGAAGAAUGUGGCAAGUCCUUUAGUCAGAUGUCAAAGUUUAGAGUACUUCAUCAAAUACAUACUGAAGAGAAACCCUGCAGAUAUGAAGAAUGUGGAAAUCCCUUUAGUCAAAUAUCAGAUCUGUGAGUACAUCAGUGAAUAUGGAAAGAAACCCUACAGAUGUGUAGCAUGUGGCAAGUUGUUUCGUCAAAUGUCAGUUCUUAGAGUAUAUCAGAGAAUACAUAGUGGAGAGAAACCCUACAGAUGUGGAGAAUGUGCCAAAGCCUUUACUCAGAUGUCAACACUUCAAUUACAUCAGCAAAUGCAUAAAGGACAGAAACCCUACAGUUGUGAAUAA